AUGGAUGGUUUAUCUGCAGCGGCGAGCGUUUUCGCGGUCAUUCAGCUAACGGGAAGCCUCGUGGAGCUUUGUGGGGGCUAUAUUCAGCAGGUGAAACAUGCAAGAGACGAAGUUCUGACACUACAACGGGCAAUUGUAGGGCUCCAGGGGACACUCCAAGACUUGCAGAACCUCGUCCAAACUAACAACGGAAACACCCUACCCACCUCGUCACGACUAGUCGGCAAUAUCACGGAUUGCCUCUCUGACCUACGUGGCUUAGAAACGAGACUUGACCCGGGGAAGAGAAAGAAGCUGAUGAGAAAAGUGGGAUGGCGAGCCUUAAAGUGGCCUUUGAAACGCAUCGAGGUAGAGGAAGUUAUCCAGAACCUCGAGAGAUAUAAAACUUCAUUCCUCUUGUCUCUACAAGUAGAUCAGAGUUCUCUGAUGGUCGGUAGGGCCCAGGACAUGGAUUUCGAAAAGUUAGAAGGUGUAAUGGAAGCAGCGUUUGAGUCAUUCUCCGACCGAGACGAAGUCCAAUGUCUCCAAGGCACUAGGACUGUGCUCCUCCAACAGAUAAUGGAUUGGGCUCUGCUUCCAUCUCAGAAGAGUAUUUUCUGGUUGAAAGGAAUGGCCGGAACAGGAAAAUCUACAAUAUCUCGGACAGUGGCAGAGUCGCUUAAGAACAUCAACCAUCUAGGUGCCAGCUUCUUCUUCAAGAGGGGUGAAGGAGACCGAGGGAACGCGAAGAAGUUUUUUCCAACAUUAAUACGGCAGCUAAUACUCAGGAUUCCUGGGUUAAGGCCUGGUGUGCAAAUGGUACUUCGUGAUAACCCUGACAUCGCGUCAAAAUCACUCAGGGAGCAGUUUGAGAAACUACUUCUUCAGCCACUAGUCAUUCUUGACCAACUAGGCCGACAACCUCAGACCGCUGUGAUAGUGGUUGAUGCUCUAGACGAAUGUGAACAUGAUCAAGACAUCCGAGCUAUAAUUCGAUUACUUCCUUCUCUACAGAAGGCAAAAUCAGUCCACCUUCGGAUCUUUUUGACCAGCAGGCCUGAACUCCCCAUCAGCCUUGGGUUUUCAGAGAUCAGGGAUCAUGAAUAUCAGGACUUAGCGCUUCAUGAGAUACCCGAAGAAGUAACAGAACAUGACAUAUAUUUAUUCCUACAAGACCGAUUCGUGAAGAUCAAACGCGAUAAAAAUAUCUCCGAGGACUGGCCCGGGGAUGAAGUUAUCCAGAAACUGGUCGAGAUGUCCGCUCCACUGUUCAUCUCUGCUGCCACCUUAUGCCGUUAUAUUGAAAGUUCAAAAAUGGAACCCAAAUUGCGCCUCGCAGAGCUCCUAAAGGACCAAGCCAAAUAUGCAUCAAGAAUGGACAAGACAUACCUGCCAAUUCUGACACGAUUACUCGAUGAUCAAGAGAGUGAUGAGUUUGAGCAGCAGCAGCUUCUGCAAGAGUUCCAGGCCAUACCGAGAUCAGCCUGUCAGGAUUCUACAUUCAUCAUUUCGGGAUUUUUGGUCCAGUCCAGAACCAAAUUCCUUGUGGAUGCGCCAAAAAAGCAUAAAGACAUUGCUAAGUGCUGUCUUAAAACUAUGCAGAGUCACCUACAGAAAGAUAUCUGCAGUCUAGAAAGCCCUGGAACGCGUAGGGCAGACAUCAACCCUCAGGAUAUUCGCCAGUACCUACCACCAGAAUUGCGAUAUUCUUGUCGCUACUGGAUACACCAUCUCAAAGAGAGUCAGGUUUCAUCUUCUGAGAUAGAGGAUGUGCGACUAUUCCUCCAGAAGCAUUUUCUGCACUGGGUGGAAGCAAUGUGCUUGCUAGGUCUUAUAUCAGAGGUGGUGGGUAUGCUUGAUCUCCUCCAUACAGAUAUUCUAGUAAGUAAUAUAGGCAAUAAUGAUUCUUUAUUAGCUGAUUUUCUCCAUGAUGCAAAGCGCUUUGUGCUGAAGAAUUGCCAAGUUGCUGAUGAAGCACCACUUCAGAUUUAUUGUGCAGGAUUGGUGUUUGCACCCCAAACAGCAUUAAUUCGUUCAAAUUUCAGUGAAGACCUUCCAAGUUGGAUAUGCCAGUUGCCAAAAGUUAAUGAGAAGUGGGGUGCAGAAUUACAGACGCUCGAAGGCCAUUCAAACUCGGUUUGGGCAGUACUGGCGUCCGGCUCGGAUGACGAGACAGUGCGGCUCUGGGACCCGGCGACGGGCAGCCUGCAGCAGACGCUCGAAGGCCAUUCAGGCUGGGUUUUGUCAGUGGCCUUCUCGCCCGACGGCCGGCUACUGGCGUCUGGCUCGUUUGAUAAGACAGUGCGGCUCUGGGACCCGGCGACGGGCAGCCUGCAGCAGACGCUCCGAGGCCAUUCAAACUGGGUUCGGUCAGUGGCCUUCUCGCCCGACGGCCGGCUACUGGCGUCCGGCUCGUUUGAUAAGACAGUGCGGCUCUGGGACCCGGCGACGGGCAGCCUGCAGCAGACGCUCCGAGGCCAUUCAGAUACGGUUCGGUCAGUGGCCUUCUCGCCCGACGGCCGGCUACUGGCGUCCGGAUCGUUUGACAAGACAGUGCGGCUCUGGGACCCGGCGACGGGCACUCUGCAGCAGACCUUGAUUAUCAAGGGAACAGUCACUGAACUCCAAUUCUCCCAAGAUGGUUCAUAUAUCAGCACUAACCUGGGAUCGCUCAAUAUUCAAUCCAGGUGUGGUAAUAAUCUUUCCAGUUCCCCAAAAAUGCAUUCUGAUAUACUUAUUAAUGGCCCGGACUGGAUAUCUGUAAAUGGUAGGGAAGUAUUAUGGCUUCCUCCUGAGGCCAGGCCUUCAUGUUCAGCAAUCAAAGCAAAUACCCUUGCCCUGGGACAUGCGUCAGGUCGAAUUUCCUUUAUAGGAUUUCGGGUAUAA